AUGGCCUACCUCUUCGACCGCCCGCUCACCGUCAACUGCACUCCUGCCUUCAGCGACGAGCUCCACGACCAAAUCUUGCUCUCUGGAGCCCUCUGGGAACGUCUAUGUCUGUCUUCUUCUGGAGAUUGCCCAGUUGCAGUGUCUAUUUCGCCAGCAACUUCUUGUAAUUCCCGGCGCACACUGGACUCGUUGCUUUCAUGGGCUAUUCUCAAACAAGACAAUGUACUUGAGGAGCGAUUCUUUGAUGAGCAAACAAUCCUGCGUCAAGGAUCGAUGCACACUUUCGAGGACGUAAUCCCGGAGAAUGCUGGCUCGCCUCCAAGUACUAGCGAGCCUUAUCAGUUCGUCCUGGCUCUAGCUGCCCCAGUGUUACAAGGCUGUGCACGGAGGCAAGCGACACGGCUCAUCAUUACCUCUGCGCUUACUCGAUACGGUUCAGUCACUCACGCACGAGCGGACCCUCCUGAAGAUACGCCAAGGUCUGAUCCCGGCUCUGAAGCGGAGGAGUCGGAAGACGAGGGCUUCGAGAUUGAUGAGGCCUUUCUUGCUGGAUCUAUCCUGCAUUCAUCUUCUGCGUCGUCCCCGCUCGCCGUUGAUGAUUACGUAGGCAACAUCAACGGGCACCGGUCUGAAGUGUCGCAUAUACAUGCGUCGGAGUGGUCAUGCAAGGUACGACCCUUGACCGCACAAGUUUCUGCACAAUGGGACGACUGUGCUGUGUAUGUACGAACUUGUGAUUUGAGUCGCAUUGGCAUUUUAAGUGGAGACUGGGCUGUUGCACGUUCUGGCCGUGGCUCUUCUAGUCGCCUGGUGUGCGUAUACGCACAAGACACGCAGACGGAACCGAACAUUGCGUAUGCCGCACCGCAACUGUUGCAUAAUAUUUUGGGCGGAACACCCUUACACGACACGCAAAACAUAUACCUGCGCUCGAGCCCGUUUGGCUCACAGCAACCCACUAUACCCACUGCGCGAACGAUGACAAUAGCUCGUGUGGCGUCGCCAGCUUCCACGGACAGAGCGUAUCAGCGUCUCUUCCUGCGUGCUCUGCAAGAUUACUUGCGUCAAGAGAGGCGCAUAGUCAAGCAGGGAGAUGUCAUUACCGUUACCAUCAACACGGACGAGGCUCGGCGACAUGACGACCCGGAGUCGUCAGAGGAGUCGAAUGGAGAUGAUGAUUCAGAUACUCUAGUUGAUACGCUUUCUGAUGGAUUUGACGAAUCUAAUGAGUUAGUUUUCUUCAUGGUCACUAACAUCGAGCACAAUGUCAUACCAAGUCAUGGCGAGGUUUCUUCUUCGGACGCAUAUGUUGGUUCGACCGUCGGCGAACUUGGAUGUUGGGUGGAUUCUGCUGUCACGCGCAUCGUGCAGACUGGCGUCGAGCAUUCUAGAGUACCUGAUACCGCAGGCUACCUGGAACUCCCCGGGUAUCCUUCUUCUCUCUUCGGUCCAGACAGUGCCUAUGAGAAAUUGUUGGCUCUGACGGCAGCAGCUUUGAACCGACAUGCUGUCGACUACCAACUUCAGCUGUCGAUCCUUCUGAAGGGCCCAAGGGGGGUAGGAAAAUAUACAGUCGCAAUGCAAGUAGCACGGCGGCUUGGCAUUCAUCUGUAUGAGAUUGACUGCUUUGACAUUAUUGACGAUAACGAGGUGAAAACCGAGGGCACUUUACGGGCGCGCUUCGAACAAGCGGCUGCAUGCUCACCGUGCAUUCUGUUGUUGAGAAACAUAGACGCAUUCUCUCAAACAACACAAGGCAUAGAAUCUGGCAAAGAGGGCAAUUUUUCAAAUGCGUUGCAAGAGUGUAUAAACAGUCUACAGCAAACAUGGAGCCUGACCGGAUACCCGGUCCUUGUAGUGGCGACGACGAGCAAUCCUGAACGUGUUCUCCCUCGUAUAAUGUCUUGUCUCAAGCACGAGAUUGCGUAUGAGGCUCCCGGGGAACGAGAGCGACACGAGAUAUUGACAUCGCUGUUGCAUGGGUACCACCUUGGACCAGAUGUCUCUGUGAAGGAUCUAGCUGUUCAGACAGCUGCGCUGGUAGCUGCGGACCUGGCAGACUUUGUAUGUCGAGCGAGACGUGCGUCCGUGCAGCGUGCCUUGCGGGAUACCGAUCAAGGAGAAUUCGACAUGUUCAACGCUGGUAUACCCAUCAUCGCAGCUGAUUUCGAACUCGCCUUGUUAGAAUCAAGAGCAUCCUACUCAGAAAACAUAGGCGCUCCCAAGAUCCCCUCAGUGUCAUGGGACGAUGUCGGAGGCCUUGCUCAUGUCAAAGCAGAUAUCUUGGACACUAUCCAACUGCCUCUGGAACAUCCCGAACUAUUCGCGGAUGGUUUGAAGAAGCGGUCGGGCAUAUUACUCUACGGGCCUCCGGGGACCGGAAAGACGUUGCUGGCAAAGGCUGUCGCAACAUCUUGUGCUCUUAACUUCUUCUCGGUCAAAGGGCCGGAACUGCUCAACAUGUACAUUGGCGAGUCGGAGGCCAACGUCCGCAGAGUCUUCCAACGCGCACGCGAUGCACGGCCAUGUGUCAUCUUCUUCGACGAAUUGGACUCGGUGGCACCAAAGCGCGGAAACCACGGCGAUUCAGGGGGUGUCAUGGACCGCAUCGUCAGCCAGCUUCUAGCAGAGCUUGACGGUCUGUCGGGUGGCAAAGCUGGCGCAGAUGUCUUCGUAAUUGGCGCCACGAACCGCCCGGACCUGUUAGACUCAGCUCUGCUUCGUCCUGGACGGUUCGAUCGUAUGCUUUAUCUUGGAGUCAGCAAGACGCACGCAGCGCAACUGAACAUCCUACAAGCGCUGACGAGGAAGUUCCGUCUCCAUCCUGACCUCAAGCUCGAGGACAUAGCAGAACAAUGCCCUUUCCAUUACACCGGCGCUGAUUUCUAUGCCCUGUGUGCUGAUGCACUCUUGAAAGCCAUGUCGAGGAAGGCUGAAGAACUGGAGGCCACUAUCGCGGAACUCAACAAACUUCCGCCCGAUCCUCAACAUCCAUACCCACUCACCCCACAGUACUAUCUUGCCGUGAUGGCCACAACCCAGGAGACGGAGGUUCUCGUGUCACAAGAGGACUUCGAGACCGCACUCAGAGAACUUGUCCCUAGCGUCAGCCAGGCCGAGAUGGACCACUACGCACAAAUCCAGCAGCGAUUUUCCACAGAAACAAUCAAUGGGUCGUGA